ACCCGGAGCUCCACCGCCAGCCCCGCCUAGGUCUCGCGAGAGCGCAGCCACACGUCUCGCGAUACGCGGGCGCGGAUGGAGAGGAGGGAGAUCUGAGAGGCGGCGGCGGCGGCGGUGGUGAGGUGAGAAGGGAAAUGGCCAUGGAGGACCUGGGGGAAAACACCACCGUCCUAUCCACCCUGAGAUCUUUGAACAACUUCAUUUCUCAAAGAGUGGAGGGAGGAUCUGGAUUGGAUGUUUCCAGCUCUGCCCAGGGUUCUCUGCAGAUGCAGUACCAGCAGAGCAUGCAGUUGGAGGAACGGGCAGAGCAGAUCCGUUCGAAGUCGCAUCUCAUCCAGAUGGAGCGAGAGAAGAUGCAGAUGGAGCUGAGUCACAAGAGGGCUAGAGUGGAGUUGGAGCGAGUGGCCAGCACCAGUGCCAGGAGCUAUGAGCGUGAGGUGGACCGCAACCAGGAGCUCCUGACACGCAUUCGGCAGCUUCAGGAGCGGGAGGCCGAGGUGGAGGAAAAGAUGAAGGAGCAGCUAGAGCGCAACAGGCUGUGUAAGCAGAGCCUGGAUGCGGCCGGCAAGAAGCUGCGGGAGAAGGAGGACGGCCUGGCGGAAGCUGGCGAGACCAUCAGUGCACUCAAGGGGAGGAUCUCCGAAUUGCAGUGGAGUGUGAUGAACCAGGAGAUGCAGGUGAAGAGCCUGGAGUCGGAGAAGCAGGAGCUGAAGGAGCAGCUGGACUUGCAGCACAAAAAAUGGCAGGAAGCGAAUGAGAAGAUUCAGGAACUCCAGGCCAGCCAGGAGAUGAGGGCAGACCAGGAGCAGAGGAUUAAGGAUUUGGAGCAGAAGCUGUCCCUGCAGGAGCAGGAUGCUGUGAUUGUGAAGAACAUGAAGUCUGAGCUGGUGCGGGUGCCCAAGAUGGAGAGGGAGCUGAAGCAGCUGAGGGAGGAGAACGUCUACCUGCGGGAGAUGCGAGACUCCAACGGGCUGCUCAGGGAGGAACUGGAGGGUCUGCGGCGGAGGCUGGGGCGUCAGGAGAAGAUGCAGGAGAACCUGGUUGACCUGGAGCUGGAGAAGGAGAGGCUGCUGGCAAAGCUGCAGAGCUGGGAGAGACUGGACCAGACCACGGGCUUGAGCAUCAGGACCCCUGAAGACCUUUCCAGAUUCAUUGUUGAGCUGCAGCAGCGAGAGCUUGCCCUGAAGGACAGGAACAACUCCAUCACCAGCAGUGCCCGGGGGCUGGAGAAGGUCAGGCAGCAGCUCCAGGAGGAGGUCCGCCAGGUCAACGGUCAGCUGCUGGAGGAGAGGAAGAAGCGGGAGAUGCACGAGGCUCUGGCCCGGAGACUUCAGAAGCGAGUCCUGUUGCUGACCAAGGAGCGGGAUGGCAUGCGUGCCAUCCUGGGGUCCUACGAUAGUGAGCUGACCCCGGCCGAGUACUCGCCCCAACUGACGCGGCGCAUGCGCGAGGCGGAGGACAUGGUGCAGAAGGUGCACGCCCACAGCUCGGAGAUGGAGGCUCAGCUGUCACAGGCCUUGGAGGAGCUGGGAGGCCAGAAACAAAGAGCAGACAUGCUGGAGAUGGAGCUGAAGAUGCUGAAGUCUCAGUCAGACCCCACUGAGCAGAGCUUCCUGUUCUCCAGGGAGGAGGUGAGCUCACUCAGGUCGAAGAUUGAGGAGCUGGAAGGGGAGCGGAGUCGUCUGGAAGAAGACAAGAAGAUGCUGGAAAUGCAGCUUGAGCGGCUUACCCUGCAGGGCGACUACGACCAGAGCAGAACCAAGGUGCUGCACCUGAGCAUGAACCCGGCCAGCGUGGCAAAGCAGCGGCUCCGCGAGGACCGGGCCCAGCUGCAGGAGGAGUGUGAGCGGCUGCGGGAGCUCGUGCGCGCCCUGGAGAGAGGCGGCCCCGUCCCCGCAGACCUGGAAGCUGCCGCCGGUCUGCCCUCAUCCAAGGAGGUGACAGAGCUGAAGAAGCAAGUGGAAAGUGCAGAGCUGAAGAACCAGCGGCUGAAGGAGGUCUUCCAGACUAAGAUCCAGGAGUUCCGGAAGGUCUGCUAUGCGCUCACAGGCUACCAGAUAGACAUCACCACAGAGAACCAGUACCGGCUGACCUCCAUGUACGCGGAGCACAAGGCUGACUGCCUCAUCUUCAAGGCCACAGGACCCUCGGGCGCCAAGAUGCAGCUGCUGGAGACGGAGUUCUCGCGCACGGUGCAGGAGCUCAUCGAGCUGCACCUGCUGCGCCAGGACAGCAUCCCGGCCUUCCUCAGCGCCCUCACCCUCGACCUCUUCAGCCGCCAGACCGUGGCCUAGCUGGCAGCCGUGGGCCCGCCGGUGCCUAUGUCCUCGGCCUCCAGCAGGUCCCAGCCCCACCCAGGCCAGCUGUGCCAUCCCACCCCUGCCCGCCCCCCGCCCAGCCCAGCCUCCUCAGCCUAUGUCCCACCCUCUGCCCAGACAGGGCAGCGUCAUGACAUGAUGGGACCCUCUGAGCCCCGACCCGGUCACCCCCCACUGGUCAGCAUCCCGUGUACAGGACCCCUGUGGGCACACUGCUGGCCUGCAGGGGUUAAGCUGCUCCGGGAUGCCCCACCCCACCCCCCUGGAUCCCUGAGUUCACACCUGCUCUGCAGGAAAGGGCCCCACCC